GAGGAGAGAAGAGCCAGAGCAGCAGCGGUUUUCUUCAGCUUCGUCUGCUGAGAUUGUUUUUUCAUACCGGAAGUUAUUUACAUGAGGACAAACAUGAGGAAACUUUGAUUUUUCUGCUUUUCUUUUUGCUCCCAGAAACUUUUUGUCUGUUUGUCAUCUGCUCGCUGAUUCACGCACUGGUUCACGGCUCGUUGGUCAUGGGGAGCUUUAAAGGCCACGCCCUCCCCGGCAGCUUCUUCUUUGUGGCUGGGAUCUGGUGGACGGCAAAGUAUGCGCUCUGGCACGCUUCCCGCAGGAACAAGAACUUAGGUUCCACUCGCUUGUCUAGCAGAGUGUCACAGCGCCGCCUGGAGGUCAUCGAAAGCUCCAUCGUCAUCUUCUUCUCUUUUGUCGGGAUUCUGGCAGAGCAGUUUGCUGAUAACGGACCGAAGCUGCACUUGUACGACUCUGUGGAGAAACACUGGGAGGACCUGAUGAACUGGCAGCACACCACCAUGUACCUGUUCUUCGGCCUGGCCGGGACUGUGACGCUGAUCCUCCACACCACAGAGGGCGCUCCUCUGGCCACGGACCGAUUAAUGCUGGCCAUGGCGUUCUUUAACGAAGGGUUUCUUUUCUUCUACCACCUCCACGGCAGAGCGAUGCUGGACGUCCACGUGCACCAGCUCCUGCUCUACGCCAUCUUUGGAGAAGCUCUUGUUUCCUUCCUGGAGGUUUUCCACCGCGGGAACAUCGUCCUGGAGCUGCUGCGCUGCACGCUCACCGUCCUGCAGGGAACCUGGUUCUGGCAGAUUGGUUUGGUGCUGUAUCCUCCCAGUGGACCAGACUGGGACCAGAAAGACACUGGAAACAUGAUGUUCAUCACCAUGUGUUAUUCCUGGCACUUGGCCUUCGCCAUGAUGGUGGUCAGCGUGAUCUACUGCACCGUCAGCUGUGGGGUUCGAUCCAGACUGAAGAGAACUCCUCCGAUGGAGAUGGGACUCCUGAAACCCAGAGACAGAGACCCAGAGUCCGAGGACGAGGUUUUAUGAAGAGGACAGACGUCCAGCUUCAUCUCAUGUCCAUCAAAGUUAAAUCAGGGACACAAUAACUGAGACGGAAUAUUAAGGGAGAACAGUUCCUUUCACAGACUUCGAGAAUGACGCCGUACGUUUACGAGAAUAGAGUGGUAAUAUUCUUACCUGUUGUUUUAGAAGAGGGGAGUUUGGUGGAAUUGUACUUUAGAACAGGUUUCACUACAUCAUCGUCUUUUCCACAGAAAGAACCAGGAGGACUUGGACGAAACAGCUGGAAGUGGUCGACUGCAGGGUCAUUCAGAGCAGUUCUGUGGUUUCUCUAGUAACAUGACUGAGAAUUGAGUCCAGGUCCGGCGAGCACGCAGUACAGUACGACUUUAUUCUCGUGAAUUAAGACUUUAUUCUCA